UUACACACAGUUCUAGUUUGAAGAAUCUCCAGGCUUCUUACGAUAUGGAUUUGUUCGUUCCAAUCACAGUGAUCGAUCCUGUUUGGAUGAACAGUUCUUCAAAGGCAGACGAUACUGGCAGCCAGUAUCUGCAUUCUGCAAAUCAUUCCUUGCUGAAUGACACCGAGCUACAUUUAAAUUCAAGCCUCCUUCCAGCUUUUCAGCAGCUCAACAUCACCAGCACUCAGCUUCUGGGGACGUGGAAUGCAGAUCAGACCUGGCCCGAGGGUCCUCAAGUCCUGAUCGUCCCUCUGAUAUUCUUCUUGGUGUUUGUUUUUGGCGUGGUCGGAAACACUCUGGUCAUUGCAGUCCUGAUUCUUAACAAAAGAGGCAAGAGCGGCUCCACCACCAACGUCCUGAUCCUGAACUUAAGUGUUGCAGACCUGGCUUUCCUCCUGCUCUGCGUCCCAUUCCAGGCAACCAUAUACUCCCUCCCGCAGUGGAUCUUCGGGCCGCUGCUUUGCAAGUUCGUUCAUUACUUUGUCACCGUCACGAUGCUUGUUAGCAUCUUCACCCUGGCUGCCAUGUCUAUUGAUCGCUACAUUGCAGUUGUGCACCAUGCCAAGAUCUCCCCCGGGCUUCGCAGCAGGAGGAAUGCCAUGUGGGGAAUGGGGGUAGUCUGGGCUUUGUCGCUAUCUGUGGCCGCUCCGGUAGCCCACCAUCAGACCUAUGUUACUGGAUAUUACGCAGCUCCUAAUAGCUCAUUCUGCUGGUAUCUGUGGGAAGACCAGGCACAGAAACAGACCUACACAGCUGCCAUUCUCGUUCUAGGAUACCUGCUGCCAUUGAUUCUGAUAUUGUGUUGCUACGUUCAAGUUCUGAAUCAUCUUCACAAGAACAUCCGAGUCAUGUCCAAGAAAUCGGAGCGCUCAAAACGAAAGACCACCCAGACAGUGCUGGCGGUGGUGGCCCUGUUUUCUUUCUGCUGGCUCCCCCAUCACGUGGUCUCUAUGUGGGCAGAUUUCGGCUAUUUCCCCCUGACGGAAGCCUCCUUCGCCCUGCGCAUCUCUGCACAUUGCCUGGCCUACGCUAACUCCUGCUUCAACCCCUUCAUCUACGCCUUCCUGUCUGAGAACUUCCGGCAGGCCUACAGAGAGGUCAUCCACUGCCCCAGGCCCAGACCCAAGCGCUCAGUGGGGGAUGUGAGCUGCGCCCUGGUCCCUGGGAGAUCCGAGAAUACCUUGACCACCACACACUCCAGCACUAACAUGUGA